GAACAAUGACUGCGAUGACCGUCUGCAGUCACAACCACAUCCUCCACCCGCACCCAUGCCACCCCGCUUCAAGGACAAGGCGCCGCUCAAGACGCUCGCCAAGGCGUCACAGUCGUGCGCGACGCAGUCCCUCGCGUACGGCCAGUGCAUCGGCCGCUCGUACCAGGAUGUCAGCAAGGACAUGUGCGCGGAAGAGUUUAGGGCGUUCAAGGACUGUGUCCAGAAAGCCAUCGGAAGGAAGUGGUAGAUGCCCUGAAGAAAGACAAGGAAGGCAGGCAAGACGCACAACCUUGCCCACUGUACAACACUGCAACAUUGCACGGCGCACGCCCACGCUGCGCCCACAUAUCCGUCACAAAUGCC